AUAGCGGGGCUCUUGAUGUACCAGCAAGUACCCAUGGUGGAGAUGGAUGGGAUGACAAUGGUGCAGUCCAGUGCCAUUCUCAACUACAUUGCCACCAAGUACAAUCUCUACGGAAAGGACACGAAGGAGAGACUCCUGAUUGAUAUGUAUACAGAAGGAAUGACAGAUUUAUAUGAACUUUUUCUACAACUGGUUAUAGCUGCUCCAGCGGAGAAAGAUGCUAAGGUGGCCUUUCUCAAAGACAGAGCAAAGAAUCGCUACUUACCUGCCUUCGAAAAAGUAUUAAAGAGCCACGGACAAGACUACCUUGUUGGCAACAAGCUGAGCAAGGCUGACAUUCUCCUGGUCGAGCUUCUCUACAUGGUUGAAGAGUUUGAUGCCAGUCUUCUGGCGGGCUUCCCGCUGCUGCAGGCCUUAAAAACCAGAAUCAGCAACCUGCCUGGCGUGAAGAAGUACCUGCAGCCUGGGGGCCAGAGAAAGCCUCUUCCUACUGAAAAAAUGGUUGAAGAAGCAAGAAAGGUUUUCAAGUUUUAAUACGUGUGGCACUGACCAAGACCAUGUAUGUCAAACUUCUAAAAUUUUAAAGCAAUAAAAUUAUUUGAAUAAAUACUGA